AUGCAUCUCGAAGCCUUCUUCUCUAUCUUCGCAAGCUUAGCUGUCGCCUCCGGCGUGCCUGUCUUGCAGGAAUCUCCUGCAGUCCCAAUGCCUACGCCCACUAUGCCUGUUAUCGCAUCUUCUUCGGCAGCCCAUUCAUCCCCUUCGGCAGCCCAUUCAUCCCCUUCAGCAUCGACUUCUGCGCCAGUGGUUCCUGUGGGCCCCUACUCCUGCCCACAGAAUCAGUACAAACAGUGCUGCCAGUCCUUGGCGCAGACCUCGCACGAUAUCCUCAAACCAUUAGGUGGACUUGUGCCUAUUGUUGGAGGCAUCCAGAUAAGUUCGGCAGUGUCAUUUCAAUGCCGGGAUAUGCGACCAAACGAGCCGCCGGGAGAGUGCAAUGAACCCGAAUACAGCCCCAUGUGCUGCUCUGCUGAGAACACGGGAGCCGUCAACUCGUGCAAAUCAUUCGAGAAAGCAAAGGAAGAAUACUACCGCUCCUUCGGAUUUGGGGAGGAGGACACGGUCGACGUGAUCAAUGACGUUUUCUCAUAG